AAAAAUAAUAUUCUAUGGAACAAUUAUAACCAUGAAAAAUAUAACACUUCAAUAUUUAUUAUUUUAUUAUUCAUCAACUUAGGUUUAUUAACAACCGUAGAGCUAUUUUAUACUUGUAGUUUUUUCAGAGGUGAAAUAAAUAAAAACUUUCCAUCAUGGAAUUCCAACAAAGAUUAUUAAUGAGAAAAAUUAGGAAAACAGAAGACCAUAAGAUCGGUUUAUACAAACUCAAAAAAAAGAAGGAACAAGAUUCUAAAACUGAACAACUACUCAAGGAAGGUGCACAAGUGCCUGAUAAAAUUGAUGUUAAAAGGAAAACAGAGGUUGAUGAUGCACCUCAACCAAAAAAAAGAAAACUGAAUGAAGAAGAAACUAGCGAUAAUGAACAUAUUCCAUUUGAUUCACUGAAUAUUUCAGAUCAUACAAAGAAGGCCAUUGCUGAGAUGGGGUUUACUCAUAUGACUGAAAUUCAAUCGAAAACUGUGCCCAUACUUUUGACUGGAAAACAUCUUGUGGGAGAAGCUAAAACUGGUUCAGGAAAAACACUAGCUUUUCUCAUACGAGCUGUAGAAUUGAUGUAUGAGCUCAGUUUUAAGCCUAGAAAUGGUACUGGAGUUAUUAUUUUAUCACCUACAAGAGAAUUGGCGAUGCAAAUAUUUGGAGUAUUGAAAGCACUUAUGAAAUAUCAUAGUCAGACACAGGCUCUUAUUAUUGGAGGUGCUAAUAAGAAAUUAGAAGCUGAAAAGUUAUUUAAUGGUGUCAAUAUCCUGGUUGCAACACCAGGAAGAUUGCUGUAUCAUAUGGAGAACACCAAAAACUUCAAUUUCGAAAAUGUAAUUUGUUUGAUUGUUGAUGAGAUGGAUAAAAUACUGAACAUCGGUUUUAUGAAAGAAAUGAAUCAAAUUGUUAGUUUACUACCAAAAUCUAGGCAAACGAUCCUAUUCAGUGCCACAACAACGCAACAAACUGAGGCACUGAAAAAUCUCCUAGUGAAAGAAGCCAUCUAUGUAUCGACUAAUGUUGUAGGUAUUGCAGAGAAUAUUAGACAACGUUUUAUGAUAUGCCCUUCUGAAGAUAGACUUGUCAAAUUGUUCACAUUCUUGAAACAAAAAAGAAAGAUGAAAAUAAUGGUAUUUUUCAGCUCUUGUGCAUCUGUUAUAUUUCACCAUGCCCUCUUUAAUUUUCUGGAUUUGGAAGUAAUGUGUAUACAUGGAGAUCUCAAACAAGAUAAAAGAACGAGAAUAUUCUUUCAAUUUUGUCGGGCAGAAAAAGGUAUUUUGUUUGGUACAGAUAUAGUAUCAAGGGGACUUGAUUUUCCGGCAGUAGAUUGGAUCAUCCAGUAUGAUCCGCCAAAUGAUAUUAAGGAUUAUAUUCAUCGUAUUGGUAGGACGGCUAGAGGAGAAGGAAGCAGUGGUAAUGCUCUGAUGAUGAUAAGAGAAGAGGAAUUGAGUUUUGGCAAUGUGUUGAAAAAAGCUCUGAAUGAUAUAACUAUUUUUGAAUUACGUCUAGAUAGGAUACUCCCUGAUAUAAGGACAACUGUUGAAACAUUAGUUGGAAGGAAUUUCAAAUUGAAGAGUAUGGCAAAAGAAGCUUUUAGAGGGUAUAUAAGAUCAUAUGGAUCACAGUCUUCGUUGAAGUCAAUAUUUGAUAUAAACAAAUUGGAUCGCAAGUUAGUUGCUAGAUCUUUUGGUCUACGGUUUAUUCCCGAUAUGGAUGGUGCAGCUGCUCACAGAACAGUGCCUAAUAGAAGAGAAAGAAGGCAAAAAGAACGCGAAGAUGCUGAAUACUCUAAUAAAUCUAAAGAAAAUGGAAGACGACCACAGCAUAACAGCGAACAAAAUGGUACAGAAAAUCUGAAUAGACCUAAUAGAAAGGAAAGAAGGAGACAGCAAUUUGGAUAUAGGGAUUGAUUGUUUUGAAGAGAACUAUCUCAAAUUUCCAAUAAUUUAAAAUUUGUUUACUAUAAAUAAACCGUUUCAUUAAAAUAAAAGUUAUUGUUGAUUAAA